AUGGCUGCUGAAAUAAAGCCUGCUCCAAGAACACCUAAUGAUAGGUUUUCUACUACGAAAAAACCAGCUCUAUUAAGCAAAUUGGAAGGAUGUACUGACGAUGUUAAUGCUGCAGUUGUGAUUCCUGGAGAAGAUGGAGUUAUAAGUGUUUGUGAUGAUAAGACAGUUAGAGUGUGGCUUAAGAGGGACUCAGGUCAGUAUUGGCCUAGCAUUUGUCAAUACAUGCCGUCAGGAUGUACAUCUAUGUUCUACACUCCUGAAACUCGUCAAUUAUUUAUUGGACAAGAAAACGGCACUAUAUCAGAAUUUACAUUAGCAUCGGAUUGCAAUAGGAUAAAUCCUACUCGUGAAUAUCUAGCUCAUACAGCACGAGUCACAGCAGUGGUGUUCUCGUUGAGCUGUGAAUGGGUUCUGUCUGUGAGUCGGGACAAAAUGUUCUCGUAUCACUGCAGCGAGACCGGCCGAAGGAUCGGUGGUUACUCAUUUGAAGCUUGGUGUACAGCUUUACAGUUUGAUUCUCAAUCGAAAUACGCGUUCGUCGGCGAUUACAGCGGCCAAAUAACAAUGUUGAAAUUAGAUAACAACGGCGCUACAUUAGUCACCACACUCAAAGGGCACACCGGUUCCGUUCGCGUUUUGAACUGGGCCCCCCUACCACAAUUGCUGUUCAGCGGUUCUUUCGAUCAGACCAUCAUAGUAUGGGACAUCGGAGGUCAGAAAGGAACGGCCUACGAGCUUCAAGGUCACAGUAACAAAGUGACGGGUCUAUGGUAUGUGGGCGGUUGUCAGCGCCUGGUAUCAUGUGGAGAGGAUGGAGCGCUAGGAGUGUGGGAAAUGUCCGUCCAGCGUAGAGAGACCCCCGCCUGGCUUGAUUCGGACCUCUGCCAGCUGUGUCGAGCGCCGUUCAUAUGGAAUGUUCGAGCUAUGAUGGAGAAAAAACAACUUGGUUUGAGGCAGCACCAUUGUCGCUGGUGCGGCGCGGCCGUGUGUGGGUCGUGCUCCCCCCACCGCCUGCCGCUGCCGGUCAUGGGGUUCGAGUUCCCGCAGCGAGUCUGCACCGCCUGCUACGACACGCUGCGGCAUGAACCUCGCGAGUCGCUCGCGUCAUUCCAUGAUAUGAAGCACGCGGUGACAUCCCUGUUCGUGGAUGAGGCGACCUCUCUAAUGUGUACCGCGGGGAAAGACAGGGUCCUAAAGGUGUGGGAUAUAAGCGUCCUGCUCGCUCCAACGCCGAAGGCCGGCACCAGUGAUCAAUAA